UUAUGUCUUUUUAAAUAGCAUACACUCGAGUCUUAUGUAUACAUAGACCUAGUACAAAUAUCAGUACAUCACACAUUUUUUUUUUAUCGUCACGACGGAUAUAGAUUCUUUCGUGUUUAUUGUUUAUUACUAUUUAGAUCUAGAUCUAUGUUGCUUUCAAAAACGAAAUGAAAAACGUUUUAUUUUGGAUUAUUUUUGGAUUAACACAAACAGAAAUAGCACGAGCCGGUGAGACAUGCACUGACUAUGAUCGAUACAACGAUGUAUAUUUUUAUUGCGAUAACGGAUGUUGUGGGUCCUGGCCGUAUGAGUAUUGCUGUGAAGACACGGUAUGGCUAGGUUGGGCAAUAGCUGGAGGGGUCAUAGGUGGCAUCUUUCUAAUAAGUUUCGUUGUAUGUGUCGUCUGUGUUUGCGUUAAACAAAAAGGGAAGACAGGCCGCAUUGUACAGCCCGAAUCAGGAACAACAGUUUCGCACGUGGCAACGUAUCCACAAAGUCAAGGCUACUAUCCACAAAGUCAAGGCUAUUAUCCACAAUACGCCACAACUGGCUUUAUACAAAACCCUUCAGCCCCACCUCCGCCACCUGCAUACCAGUCGAUAUACGGACAACAACCACUUCCGCCACUCCCGUCGGGAUUUCAAGGUCAUCAACAACAAGGUCAACAGCAUACUGACCAGGCGCCUCCGCCUAUUGGUUUUAAAUGACAAGUUAAAAUCGUACUCGGAACUUAAAAAAAGAGUGUUUAAUUCAUUUAUUUCGUUUAUUAAUGAUAUGAUUCUGCGAACAAAAUUCUCAAUUUCACUAUCGUUUGCUCAUCGUUUGCAGAUGACAUCAGGCUCACAUGUUGUUGUUUAUUUUACAUGAUUAUAACAUUUACAGUGCGUUUGAUGAAGUGUCCGAAAUCAUUGUUUUGUUUGCAGUGUUUCUAGGCAAUAUGAACAGAAUGUUUUGUUUUUUUUAAAUUUAGGUUUGAAUUAUGAUCGGGAUAUAACUGUUAUAUCAAAUCUAAGAUCACCUUAAAUAGAGACAGAGAAAACCCCUAGAGAAAACCAACACGCCGCCGCCUUUGUAAUCUGGCAUGGAGAUAAUAUAUUUACAAUACAAAGUAAUAUCAUGUUUUUACUCUUUUAUAAUUAUUUUUACACUAUUAAUUGGACAUUAAUUUGGCAAAUAUUUCGCAAUACGUAUUGCCGUAGAAUCAUUACGUCAUUGUUUGACAAGAUAUACUGUAUUUUAUCACGUACCCGUGUCGCAAGAGCGACACGUAAAACGGUGUUGAACGUGAAGUGAGGUCAUUUGCGUAAUACAUGUAGAAACAUAGCGUAAAGACGCGUUAAUGUUAGCGUUACUCUAAAAGCGCGUCAUUGAAAAAAAAAGAUUUUUUUAACUGAAAACAAUUCUUAUUUUGGAUAUGUGAUAAACAGAAUAUUCUUUUUUUUAGUAUUUGAGUGGGAUACUAAAGCCAAUAGAUUUUGUAUAAUUGUGCCAUACAUAAAGUCUGGAUUACAUAAUUUUAGGUAAAUGAACUACACAUGUAUAUUUAAAUUACCAGAUUUGGAUUCAGAAUCUUGACACAGCCUAUUCUGUAUUUGUAUGAUUUUUAAUAUGUAUUUAUAUAUCUUUUUUGUUUAUUUGUUGAUCAUUUCUGUUCUUUCUGUUUUUCAUUAAAAUUUAACUUGUU